CUCUGGGGACAGCCCGCCUUUCGGCAGCCUCGGGGGAGGGAGCCAGCCUUUCAAAGCACGGCUUGUGUAAACUGAUGCUGGCAAGCCGGGGAGGGCGCUCCGUCCGCAUGGAAGGCUGAGCUCGCUGCGCGGGUUCUAGUCCCCGCCAGGCUCUCUCUCACUCUCUCUCUCGCCCUCCGUCCGCCUCCAGCCAUGUCGCUCCUGGCCAAGGCGCUGAGGCUGGCGGUGAGCGGGCAUGUGCUGCGGGAGCCUCUUCCCCGGAGCCGCCUCCGCCCGGGUCUGGUCUUCCUCCGCCGGCUCCGGCAGCGGCCCAAACUUUCGGAGGUGCCCUGCAAGAAGGCCACGACGGCAGCGGCAGCCGAGGAGGACAAAGAAGACGAGGAAGAGGAGCGGGUGGCCGCCGAGCAGGGCGAGGAGAGGGAGCGGGCUCGGCUCCAGCAGCACUUGGGAGUGAAACGCCUGGAGGAAAUGCCCGGGCCCAGGACCCUCUCCAACCUGGUCGAGUUUUUCUUUAAGGAUGGCUUUGGGCGCAUCCAUGAAAUCCAGCAGAAGCACGUUCAGGAAUAUGGAAAAAUUUUCAAGUCACAUUUUGGUCCCAAACUAGUUGUAUCCAUUGCAGAUCGAGACCUGGUGGCUCAGGUUCUCCGUGAAGAAGGCUCUGCACCCCAACGUGCUGACAUGGAUUCCUGGCAGGAAUACAGAGAUUUGCGAGGGAGAGCAACAGGACUUAUAUCUGCAGAGGGGGAACAGUGGCUAAAAAUGAGGCGUGUGCUUAGACAAAAAAUGGUGAAACCCAAAGAUGUUGCCACUUUCUCUGGAGGAGUUAAUGAAGUUAUUACAGAUUUGAUCAAGAGGAUCCGCAUUCUGAGACGUCAAGAAAAAGAUGGCGAAACAGUGACAAAUGUCAACAGCCUUUUUUUCAAGUAUUCAAUGGAAGGAGUGGCGACUGUUUUGUUUGAGUGCCGCUUGGGGUGUCUGGAGAAUGACAUUCCUCAGAACACUGCAGAAUACAUUGAAGCACUGGAACUGAUGUUCAGCAGUUUCAAAACCACCAUGUAUGCAGGAGCAAUUCCCAAAUGGCUUCGUCCAAUUAUCCCAAAACCUUGGAGAGAAUUCUGUAGGUCAUGGGAUGGACUCUUUAAAUUUAGCCAAAUUCACAUUGACAACAAAUUACACCAUAUACAAUCCCUUUUAGACAAAGGAGAAGAGUUAAAGGGUGGACUUCUUACAACCCUGCUUCGAAGUAAAGAACUCACCCUUGAAGAAAUCUAUGCCAAUAUGACUGAAAUGCUGUUGGCAGGGGUCGAUACAACUUCAUUCACUUUAUCCUGGGCAACAUACAUGUUAGCAAAGCAUCCAGAAGUACAGCAUUCAGUCUAUAAAGAGAUAGUCCGUAACUUGGGGAAAGAUAAAGUCCCUGAUGCAGAUGAUAUCCCAAAUUUACCAAUGAUUAAGGCCCUUCUGAAAGAAACUUUAAGGUUAUUUCCGGUAUUACCAGGAAAUGGCAGAAUAACCCAGAAAGACAUGAUUGUUGGUGGAUACUUGAUACCGAAAGGGACACAGCUGGCUCUCUGUCAUUAUGCUACAUCAUAUCAAGAAGAUAAUUUCCCAUCAGCAAAUGAGUUCCAACCUGAUCGAUGGCUCAGGAAAAGCAAUAUGGACAGAGUAGACAAUUUUGGCUCCAUUCCUUUUGGUUAUGGUAUUCGGAGUUGUAUAGGAAAGAGGGUUGCUGAACUGGAAAUUCACCUUGCACUAAUACAGCUUCUUCAAAAUUUUGAAAUAAAAAAUUCUCCAAAAACUAAACCGGUUUGUGCCAAAACCCAUGGACUCUUGACUCCUGCAGAUGCCAUUAACGUCAAAUUUGCAGACAGAAAGUGAGAGAAGGGACUUCAGGAUUCCCUCCAGCAUGACUUCCGACAGAAAGCUCUCACAUCCAGACAGUCCCAUGACUCCCGCCAACCACGGAUCUGGAUUAAAAUCGGCACAUACACAAACACACACACGCUCACACCGACCAACAGAAAAUUCUGGUGGGGUUUGGAGAGAAUUGACCUUGGAUGAUGGAAGUUACAGUUCACCCACUUCUUCAUGUGUUUUCUAAUGGCUGGGACUCUCACUCUGUGAAGACUGUGUGUUGAUCAGCUGUGUACCGACCUCUACACAUUAAAAAAACUCACACACAGGUGUCUUCCAAGAACUUGGAAGGCCAUCAUACCCGGACAACAAGGGAUCACCUAAGUAAGUAAAUGGGAACUUUCAUAAAAAAGCAAAGCAAAGAAUGACUUUUUCUAAUAAAUAGCAUUACAAAUUACCUAUAUACAUUUGAAAGAAAAUUUUAAUAAUUUCCAUGGAUAAAAUAUUUGAAAUACUUGGAUAAAUGUCAUUAUUUGUCCCUGGUUUUUGUAUUGUACUGCUGCAAUAGAAUUCAAAUAACUGUGUUACUCCGGGUCAGUAUUCUUGAUACUAACUCAAAGAAGUUGGUUGCAUAAACUUUCAUGGACUUUAGUCUAUUUCAUCAGAUGAUAGAGUGGACUUAAGUCUAUGAAAGUUUAUACUACCAACUUCGUUCUCUAGUUACAACUUGUCUACACCAUUGCGUCCUAAACUGUGGGUCCUGACCCCAAAUGGAGCCCCCUUAGCUCAAUGUUGGAGUCCUGAAAAAAUUGGCAACAACAAAAGACAUUUACAUAAAUUUGUUAACAACAAUGUACAGUGUUUAUACUGGACUCUAAAAAAAUGCUUAAGCAAUACUUCAUAAAAGGAAAAACCAGUCUGUUAACAAGCCUUGCAAAUGCUGAUUUAUUAUCAGAAAAUGUUUAAUUUUUUUUAACCUAUUUUAUAUACCUAUAUACCUAGGGUCACGUAAAAAAUUCUCAAGCAGAAAGGAGCCAUGAGUAGAAAACGUCCAAGAAGCCCUGGUCUAUACUGUCUGUUUGGCAGUAUAUUUUCCUUGCUUGCAUUAACACUACAUACAUAGCACACAUCGUGAUGACAUUGCCAUAACUGGCCACAUAUUUCCACCUGCCAAACUGACCUCAUUGUUAGGGGGUAUUACACAUUUCCAGUUCUUCACAUUAUUUACAGCCAUGAACACUCUACUUUGUUUUGGCUUUGCAAUGAUACAUGUGAAUGAACAUAUUUUCUGUUAAGCAGAGGUGGAAGUAUCUGUCCACAGACCUUUUUAAAAAAACAUAUUUAAAAUUCAACCUGGGUGGGAAUGCUCACCUCCUACCAUUGACUCCUUCCCUACCUCAUGAACCAAUGCCACCUGAAUGGUCGCCCACAGCUCUGAAAGUCCAGAUCUCCUGUAAAACCAUGGGGUGAAAGGCAAGGUUGUUUUAAAUGGAUUAAAGCCAAAAGAAACACAUUGCAGACAAAUCUCCAAGAAUGCCAGGUGUCAGGAUUGCAAUGCCUACAAGGUGAGUAUGAUUAUUUUUAGUUCAUGUGCACAAGCCCUUAGUUACAAAGAUGGCCAAAGAUUGCGCCAAUAGCUGCUUUUUUCUAGAAUCAAUGACUUUAAAAGAGCUAUCUUACCUUGUUUCAGCAAACCAUAUGAUCUUAAGCAGGCCCUCCUAAGUGUUUUGGACUUCAAUUCCCACAAUUCCGAACAGUCUACCGGCAUUUAGGAAUUGUGGGAGUUGAAGUCCAAAACACCUAGAGGGCCGGGGUUUGCCCAUGCCUGAUCUAAAGUCUAUCAACAGAGAACUCGUAUCAGUCUUUAUAUUAAUAUAAACCCAUAAAAAACAAAACCACAUAUACACAGAAAACCAUUGACCUUUCUCCCCCUAUGCUUUGCUUUCCAAAAAAACUGGCAAUGUAUCUCAGAUUUUUAAAAAGUUUUCUGAUUAGGUAAUGUCUAACACAACAACAACAGCAUAGAAGUGGUCCAGGAACUAAUCAGAGAAUUGAUGUAAUCGUCUUCAAAAGGAACAAGUACAUAGCCAGAUGGCUUGGAAGAGAAAUCAUUCCUCAUGCUUCUUUGAAAUGAUAUGAUUCAUGGUAAGUGUUGAAGAAAUCUGAAAUAUUAUCCUUGGUAGAGAAGAGGAACAACUUUUUGUGUAAAAGGUACAAACGCCUGUUAUGCAUCCCAACUAUACCAUAUCCCGACUAUAUGGUAGUCUAGUCAGGAUGAGAGACUGGUUAUUUUAGACUCAAGUUUCUAGAAGAUCCAGCCAGAAUAACAAAUGAUAAAAAGUAUGGAAGUUGUGCUCCAAAACACAGAGUUUUGUUUCCUCUUCUCUUCCCAUCACCUUUGUUGCUUUUAUCUGCUCAAGGCCAUUAUCAUAAAGUAAACUACAUAUAUUCCACUGUGUAGAAAAUGAAUGUAUUGACUUUGGCUCCAGAUUAUUUGUGUGGUGGUGGUUUGAUAAUUGAUUAAGCAAGCCUGAUUUCCUAAUCCUCUUAUUUUAACCCAGAACAAAUUAGUUGUGCUUAAAUUCUAUUUCAUUGGGUUUUAAAGCACAACUAGUUGUCUGUGGACUGAGUCUGUAUUUGAUAUUGUCUGGUUUGCCUCUGUGGCUAUCCAGUGACAUGUUUGAUCUGUGUUGGCUACGUUAGGCCCCAUUGAGUCAGAACCUUUUCCUUUUUUCUUUGCCUGAGAAAAGAAGUUUAACUCAAAGUUUAUUUCCCACGUUUACAUUCCCAACUUGCUUUUAAAAAGACCUGGUUUUUGGAGAGGGGUAGUGAAUUUACUUACAUGCAGAGGUUGUAAGUGGCCUUCAACUGAAGGUACAUAUGCUAUUCAGAAAAAGGAUACCUGUGCAACACAUCCAGUUUAGUGCCAAACUGAGGACAUUAUGUUCAUCAAAGCUGUUUUAACUGAUUUUAGUUCUACACAUCCCUAAAAUCCCACAAUAUUGGUCAGAAUAAACAAAUGAAUGAACUAAUGAAUAUUUCACAUCAGCACAUAAUAAAAAUAAAACCUGUAAGUUUAUGGUGUUCUUUUAAAGUUAUUGCUUCUCUAGUAUAACCCCAGUAUCCAUGGAGGAUAUAUUCCCAGACUUCACAUGGAUAUAUUAAACCAUAGAUAAUAGAUAACCCUAUUAGAAUGAGGGACAUCUUGCCCAAGAAUAUCACCAAGUUAUGCUGGAGGACUUAGAAAAUGCCUGGUGGGACACCACAUUUUUAGAAAUGUGGAUAACCCGAACUGCAGAUAGUGAUCUCUUUGGAUACAGGUUCAUACUGUAGUCACAUUUUCAUAUCCUUGACUGUUUUAAUUAUUCAAAACCAUCCUUCAGCCUUGAUUAGUACUUGGGUGGAGGACCACCAUUGAAUACCAGGCACCAUAGGUUAUAUUCCAUAAGAAAGAACUGGAAAACCCAUAUCUAGAGUAAGAAAACCCAAUGGAAUUCAUGGGAUUGCCAUAAACCAGCAGGCAACUUGAAGGCACAAACAUACACAAUACUAACCAACAAAAGCAUAAUUAACCAAGGAAAACCUACCAAUAUGUAAUGAUUCUAUUCUAUUCUAUUCUAUUCUAUCCUAUUUGUUUUCAAUCCACUCCUUUGGGCUUCACGCAAAUCUACCAUUUGCCAAUAUACAAUACUGUUCUUUUCCUUUCUUGGCUGAUUAGCUUAACCAUUGGUUUGUCCCAUCAAGUACGAAGUCUGCCCAAGGGUCUCUUGGUAUCCAAUUCAUUCGUUGACAUGUCAGUCAGUUGUCUUGUGUUCGUGCUAUAUGCCCUGCCCAUCUUCUUUUUGCCUCAUAGAUCUCAUUGACCAUGUCACGUACCCCAGUUCUUUGACACAGCUCUUUCUUGCUGACUUUUUCUCUUAUUGUCAGAUCACACAUCCUUCUUCCCAUUGCUCUCUUAGUCAAUGCCAGUUUUUACUCCUCUAACUUUGUUGUUGUCCAUGUUUCAGAUGUAUAUAACAUUGCUGGUAGAACUGUCGUGUUGAAAAUAUCUGCUCUGACCUUCAUUGGCAGUUUAGCAUCUGUUAGCAUUGUCCAUAAGGUAGCCAUCCAAGCCACCUUAUGUCUUCUUGCGCAUUCUUCAUUUGCCAAUUUAUUCAACUGUAUUUGUUGUUGAAGAUAUAAACAUUCAGUCACUUCCUCAAUUUCAUCGCUAUUUAUAAAGAUGGACACAUGGCUCAUUUUUCAACCAUUUCGUUUUCUUCAAGUUCAUUUCCAGUUCUACUGGAGGGUCAGGCUAAUUGUUGGAGAUCAUGUUGUAAAUCUUCUGGAUUUUUGGUGAAAAGGAUGCAGUCGUUUGUGAAGAGGAGAUGAGAAAGUUGUUUGCUGUCAGUUGAAAUCCCACCUUUAAAUUUCGUUUUUCGGAAGAAGUUUUCUAAAGUUGCCGCAAACAGUUUUGGCUAUAUUGACACACUCCUUUAUUUAUUCUGAUGUGACUCACUUCUGACAACAGUUUUAUAUCUGUUGUGCACCCUGUAUUUAUGCUUUUCACGAUGUUCACAUGUCCUGGAUUUACACCAACUUGGUGCAGAGCUUUAAGGAGACUAUUGAGUCAAAGGCCUUUUGGUAAUCAACAAAAGUAUGACAAACUGGAACUUGAUAUUCCCUAAUUUUUCCCAGUAGCUGUUUGGUUGCGUGGAUGUAAUUGAGGGUGGAGUAGCCACGUCUGAAGUCUGCUUGUACCCUGUUGAUUUCAUCUCUGCAAUCCACAGGUAAAAAGGUAAAGGUUUUCCCCUGACAUUAAGUCCAGUCAUGUCUGACUCUGGGGGUUGGUGCUCAUCUCCAUUUCUAAGCCGAAGAGCCGGCGUUGUCCGUAGACAAUGCUGUUACCUUCCUGCCGGAGUGGUACCUAUUGAUCUACUCACAUUUGCAUGUUUUCGAACUGCUAGGUUGGCAGGAACUGGAGCUAACAGCAGCCGCUCACGCUGCUCCCGGGGUUUGAACCUGGGACCUUUCGGUCUCCAGCUCAGUGCUUUAAUGCACUUUGCCACCGGGGCUCCUGCAAUCCACAACCUAUAUUGAAAUGUGAACUGUUAAAUGGGAAAGAACACACAUUGACUUUGGAUAUUCUUUGAAGGCUGGCAGGAGACCUGCUUUUGCCCUAAGUAAGUCUUGAUCAUAUGGAAAUAGUAUGAAAACUGAUAAAAAGUCCACCUGUCCUUUUUGUAAUGCAGUGAAACAAUAGAUCAAAAUUAAAUUGAGGGUAUUUUUCUGUUUGGAACCAAAUUGCCACUAGGUGGUGCUUUUUUGGCAACUUUGUAGUGUUUAUUUUUCAAAUUCUUUGCUCAAUUGACACAUGUUUGCAUUCCUGGUCUUCUGAGUUAUGCAUUUCACAAUGCUAUCAUGGUUGAAGAAUUCUGAUCAGAGACAUCCUUUGACAACAAUAUUCUAAUUUAUGAAAAUAUUUCAUAAUAACGUAGGAAAAUUAUCGAUUUAAAAUGUGGUGCUGGAGGAAAUUUUACAAAUAUCUUGGGCUUCCAAAAGUGCAAGUGACUGGGUCCAAGUGCAAAUGAAGCCUGAUCUGUGCCUAAACAACCGAGGGCCUCUACACUUACGAUACACUAUUAGAUGACAUAAUUCAUUAGAAUAGAUAUAUGCCUUCAAGUUGCUUGUUGACUUAUGGAAAACCCCUAAAUUGCAGAAUGUUUCCUUAGGCCAGGGAUACUCUGAAGUGGCUUUGCCAGUUCCUUGCUCAAAAAUAACUUAUGGCAUCUGGAUUGUUUAAAAGGAUCCUCACACUUACUAACUUGGACUGACAAUGCUUAGCUUUCAAGAUCAGAAGUAUCUGGGGCCUUUAAGUGCUGUAAAGUGUAAUACAGUAGAAAAAGAGGAACACAGAACUACACAUGUUUAUAUACAGUCUGGGGAAACCACGGCCCCAAAUCUGCAAGACCUGAGCAUGACCAUUGAUAAUUGGCACUUUUGGCGGCCACUCAUUUGAUGAUAAAUACAACAAAUGAAAACACUUCAUGGCAUUUAUAUGCCUAAGGAAACAUCUGUUGCAUUUACUGAUCAAUAAAAUGUCAAAAUCCAUAUUUCACUCUCUCAUUUACUGGGAUGAUUUCAAGGUUUCAUGUGUGACUUUCCCAAGGGCUGCUGGCAUAAAACAACACACAAAUAACACUAUGUAACAAAAUUUGAAAACAUGUUCCUGGUUUGAAAGUGUUUUUUCCUGUUUAAUUGUGUGGUACUUACUUUGAAAGUACAGUAGUUGCACUCCAGAAACAUUGUUUUUUUGGCUAAGGAUAGUACUAUUAUUUCCUUCAGUCUAGGCAUUUCGUAAGGAGCCCUCGGUGGUGCAGCGGAUUAAAUUGCUGAGCUGCUGAAUUUGCUAACCUUAAGGUUGGUGGUUUGAAUCCGGGGAGCGGAGUGAGCUACCUCUGUUAGCCCAAGCUUCUGCCAACCUAGCAGUUUAAAAACAUGCAAAUAUGAGUAGAUCAAAAGGUACUGCUUCUGCGGGAAGGUAACAGCGCUCCAUUCAGUCAUGCUGGCCACAUGACCUUGGAGGUGUCUACGGACAACACCGGCUCUUCGGCUUAGAAAUUGAGAUAGGACCAACCCCCAGAGUCGGACACUAGACUCAAUGUCAGGGGAAACCUUUACCAUUACUAGGCAUUUUGUUUGUAAUUUUCCUUAACCUUUGUGCAGUUUAAUAAACCUUUUCCAUGUUUUUAUUAGAACCAAUCGGAAAGUGACAUUUAUAACUCAGUAACAAAAAUCAUUUAACCUAGUGUAAUAUUUCUCCCCUUUUAAUCCAUAAAAUCCUACUGUUUCUCUGAAAUAUGCCACUGAUUGCUUCUUUCUCCAUUUCAGACUAACCUUGGAGGAGUGAAACCUGCAAGGAGUUCUAUAUUUCCAAAGCAAGUGCUUCAUCUCAUGGUGACCACAACAAGCAUCAUGCCUGCUCCAAUAUUUCUCAUAGAAAUCAAAUGCUUAGAGCUUCGCAACAUCCACAGUCAGAAUAAACCUCCUGGCCCAGAACUGUGCUUAUCUUCACAAAGCUCAUGCGGGCAGUAAUUCAGGAGAGAAAAAGAGGUGUCAUUUAAUAAUAAUAAUAAUAAUAAUAAUAAUAAUAAUAAUAAUAAUAAUAAUAAUUUAUUCUUAUAUCCCGCCCCAUCUCCCCAAGGGGACUCGGGGCAGCUUACAAAGGGACCAUGCCCAAACAAUAUAAAAAUACAACAGUAAAAACAAAUUCAAACACAGCAAUAAAUACAUUUAAAAAGCAUACAACAACAACAAUUUAAAAACAAUUAAAACAUGUUCAAUGUUCAUUUCCUGAGAACAUAUGAAAUUGUCACAUUUUUACUGAAUCCUAUAGCAAUUCACCCUAGAGUGACUUUAGGCUAAUUCACUGGAGCUUUUUUUCAUGGAGAAGAUUGGCUUGUUAAUUUCAGUAUGUGCCUAUAAUUCUCCUGGCAGCAUAAGUGAACAUAUCUCAAUCCUGGUAAGUUUUUCUAGUUAGUUUAAUAUAUUUGUACAACCUGGCCAAGCUAAAAUGUCUUCAGUCAAAGAAAAGAAAACUUGUGUAAAUAGUCUGCUAAUCUACAACCCAUUUUAAAAUACAUUCUCCCAGACAAUUGGAUUUUGGAGCUGAAGUAGCAGAUACGGAGAAGUCAGUGAAGGAACACAGGCCAGUCCAGUCUUAGCAAUUUAUUCCUGUGAGCCCUGCAGGGAUUUUACUGUGGAAAUGCAAGGAAUGAUAAGUUAUCUGCAUCUGUGAUCCCUGGAGAAUGACUGGCAUUUGGUGACAGUGAUAUUUGACAGGCUUAUUCUUCCAGGUUGAUCUUUGCUAUCUUAUUGUAUAAUCUAGUUGUGUUUUGAUGGGGGAGCAGGCAUUUCAGAAAUCAUCAAGAUAUUGUUGUCAUGUCCCUGAAGACCUGGGAAUCCUUAGAGUUGCAAUCCAACAUUGCAAAGACUGCAUGAUUCGUACUCAUCGCUUAGGCCAUAAAGCCCAGGAGGGGGGAGUGCAGUCUGUAGGUCGCAUGAAACCCACAGGAGCCAAUUUGGGUGCCCUGAGGCUGUGCCUCCAGGACUCAUUUUAAUUUGGGGUGAAUUUUCACCCUUCAAAAUAGUUUACCAUUGCUGGAAAACACAUGAACCCUUCCCAAACUUCACAUACUUCAGAAUCCCCCUGAAAAUAAAACUAAAAAUAAAUACUCCCAAAUUGUCCCAAAAUGAAGCUAAAACUAACUUGAUGUCCCCAGGACCUAUAUUUACCCACUCACUGCCAUAAAAUAAAAGCACUUUAUGAAAAUUGUGAACCCUAGGGUUGUGUUUUGGAGUGCACAAUAAACAUAACAACACCAACAUCUCUGUUAAAUGA